AAAAGGGUCUAUUAUCCACGUUUCUCUCUCUCUCUCUCUCUCUGACUGAUGAUUGGUGAUUAUGAUGAUGUCCUUCUUUCUCACUCUUUAGCUUCCCUCUCCCCCUCUCUAACAAUCCAAAACGACCACUCCUCGUUCUCUCUCUCUCUCUCUCUCUCUCUCUCUCUCUCUCUCUCUGUAUUUAUUUAUUUAUUUUCUUUUAUUAUUCUACAAUGCUGCAGCUGCUGCUCCUCUAAUUUUUUUAAAAGUUAAUUGGAGGACUGGCUUCGGAUUAAUUAACAAUGGCGACCACACAGGGAUCAAAAUCAAGAAGAUCAAAUAUAAUUAAUAAUUCAAAGAAAGCAGCAGCGAAUUCACCGUCGACAUCAACAACAUCAUCUUCUAAGCAAUUUCUAGAGACUUCAAUUGACGGUCAAAGCUCGCCUGCAUCCUCCUCGGCACUAAGCAAACCACAGUAUUUUUACUCUGAAAGUGCUAAUUUAGAUACUGAAAGAUCCAAAGAAAAUGUAACUGUCACUGUCCGGUUUCGGCCUCUAAGUCCUAGGGAAAUUAGGCAAGGAGAAGAGAUUGCGUGGUAUGCAGAUGGAGAAACUAUCGUGCGUAAUGAAUAUAAUCCGUCUAUCGCGUAUGCUUAUGAUCGGGUAUUCGGUCCUACAACUACAACACGCCAUGUAUAUGAUGUUGCUGCGCAGCAUGUUGUCAAUGGUGCUAUGGAAGGGAUCAAUGGCACCAUUUUUGCUUAUGGAGUGACAAGCAGUGGGAAAACCCAUACCAUGCAUGGGGAUCAAAGGUCGCCUGGAAUUAUACCAUUAGCAGUGAAGGAUGCUUUUGGUAUCAUUCAAGAGACUCCAAACCGAGAGUUCCUUCUCCGUGUUUCAUACUUGGAGAUCUAUAAUGAGGUUGUUAAUGACUUGUUGAAUCCAGCAGGACAAAAUUUAAGAAUAAGAGAAGAUGCUCAGGGAACCUUUGUCGAGGGAAUAAAAGAAGAAGUUGUAUUAUCCCCCGCUCAUGCCCUCUCCCUUAUAGCAGCUGGAGAAGAGCACAGACAUGUUGGGUCUACAAACUUUAAUUUACUCAGCAGCAGGAGCCAUACAAUAUUUACACUGAUAAUAGAGAGUAGCCUGUAUGGUGAAAAUAGCAAAGGAGAGGCUGUAAAUUUGUCCCAGCUGAACCUCAUCGAUCUGGCAGGUUCUGAAAGCUCGAAGGCUGAAACUACUGGUUUGAGACGGAAAGAAGGAUCCUAUAUUAAUAAAAGUUUGUUGACACUUGGAACAGUUAUAUCGAAGUUGACAGAUGGGAGAGCCACUCAUAUUCCAUACAGGGACUCAAAAUUGACAAGGCUUCUUCAGUCUUCAAUAAGUGGUCAUGGGCGUGUAUCACUCAUUUGCACUGUCACUCCCUCAUCAAGUAAUUUGGAAGAGACACACAAUACUUUAAAAUUUGCCCACCGUGCAAAGCACAUUGAGAUUCAAGCAGCACAGAACAAGAUUAUUGAUGAGAAAUCGCUUAUCAAGAAGUACCAAAAUGAGAUACGCUGUUUAAAGGAAGAGUUGGAACAAUUGAAAAGGGGUAUUGUGACAGUUCCUCAAUUGAAUGACAUUGUAGAAGAUGACAUUGUCCUCCUCAAGCAGAAGCUAGAAGAUGGUCAAGUGAAACUGCAAUCAAGAUUGGAACAAGAAGAGGAAGCUAAAGCAGCUCUAUUGAGCAGAAUACAGCGGUUGACAAAGUUAAUUUUGGUGUCCACAAAAGCUUCACAUCCAUCAAGGAUCUCUCACCGCCCAGGUCCAAGGAGGAGACAUUCCUUUGGCGAAGAAGAGCUUGCAUACCUACCGUACAAGAGGCGGGACUUGAUAUUGGAUGACGAAAACAUUGACCCGUAUGUUUCUCUAGAAGGGAAUACUGAAAGUGUAGAUGAGACACUGAAAGAGAAGAAAACCCGAAAGCAUGGGUUGCUGAACUGGUUAAAGCUACGGAAACGAGAUAGUGGGUUGGGAAUGAGCACCAGUGACAAAUCAAGUGGAGUUAAAUCUAAUGGUGCACCUUCAACACAUCAAGCAGAAAAUUGCAAUUAUCAUACAGAAUCCAGACUUUCACAUCCUUCACUUACAGAAAGCUCUCCAUCAGCUGAUCUUCUAUCUGAGGUCAGGCAGGAUAGAGAGGUUCCUGAGGACAAUUUCCUUGGGCAAGAAACUCCUUCGACUAGCAUACAAACAAGUGAUCAGAUUGAUCUUCUAAGGGAGCAGCAGAAAAUUUUAUCUGGAGAGGUGGCACUCCAUUCAAGUGCUUUGAAGCGAUUAUCUGAGGAGGCUUCAAGGAAUCCCCAGAAGGAACAGAUUCAGUUGGAGAUGAAGAAGUUGAGUGAUGAAAUCAAGGUGAAGAAUGCACAAAUAGCUUUGUUGGAAAAGCAAAUUGCUGAUUCCAUCAUGGCCUCUCACAACAAUAUGGAUAACUUGGAAGCAUCACAAACGAUUGCUGAACUGACAGCGCAGUUGAAUGAGAAGUCAUUUGAACUUGAGGUUAAAGCAGCAGAUAAUCGUAUAAUUCAAGAGCAGCUCAAUGAAAAGAUCUGUGAAUGUGAAGGAUUGCAGGAAACAGUAGUCUCUUUGAAGCAGCAGCUCUCAGAUGCACUGGAGUCGAAAAAGCUUAGCCCUCUAGCAAGUUACUCUCAACGAAUUUCCGAACUAAAAAGUUUUCAUGCACAGCAUCAUGGGGACAGGGAAACUGCAGCAUCAAAAGAUAGAAAUGAAGAUUUGCUUCUACAAGCACAGACCACUGAGAUAGAAGAACUGAAGCAAAAAGCUGCUGCACUAACAGAAUCGAAAGAGCAGUUAGAAACUCAGAACCAAAAAUUGGCUGAGGAGAGUUCAUAUGCCAAAGGGCUAGCCUCAGCUGCUGCUGUUGAGCUCAAGGCAUUAUCAGAAGAAGUUGCCAAGCUCAUGAAUCAUAAUGAGAGAUUAACUGCUGAGUUGACAGCAUUGAAGAACUCGCCCACUCAGCGUAGAACUGGCAGUACUGUUCGCAAUGGCCGAAGAGACAAUCACAUGAAACGCCAAGACCAAGUUGGGGCAGCCUCGGAACUCAAGAGAGAGUUCGCCGUGAGUCGAGAAAGAGAACUUCAAUACGAAGCUGCCCUUAUCGAGAAGGAUCAAAGAGAGACUGAACUUCAAAGGAAAGUCGAGGAAUCCAAACAAAGAGAAUCCUAUCUGGAAAAUGAACUUGCCAACAUGUGGGUUCUCGUUGCAAAGCUGAAGAAAUCCCAAGGAGCUGAGAUGGACCAAAGAGCUGAAAUGGAUGGCUCCGAGACAACUGACGGUUUUGGAAUCUGAAUUUUAACAAAGAGUGACGAUUUAAGGCUUUUGAGGGAGUCACAUAACAGUCUUCAGGUAGUCGGCUUGAGAGUCUAGUGUGUAGAGAAUUGUGUUGUGCAUAGCUCAUUCCAAGUUAGGAGUGUUUGUGUAUUUGAAAUGAUGCUUUUAUUGGUACUUGAAAUACGUUGAUCUAAAUUUGAGCCUGUCUGUUAAUAUUUGUAUGAACUAAUAACAGUGGUUGGUUCAGGUGGAUCCAAUUGUGAAUGCUAUAUCAAGCAAAGUUUGUGUGUGUGUGUAA